GGGGCAACCGAUGGGCGAUCAGAUUACAGGGCGUGGAGGCCAGACCGCUCUCCCGCCUUUGAUCUGCGCGGUGGCUUCGGUUUUCCCUGCCUGGGCUUGUGCCCGCCACCCGGGCGGCCCACUGAGGAACGGGACAUCCACCCUGGGCACCCACCCGGGCACCUCUGCAGCUUUGUCAGAAGAGAAGAAUUUAAUCAGAAGAAAUGGAUGCCAAAGGAUUUAAAAAACAGGAUAAAAUAUUAUUAACCCUCCUAUUUUUACUGGCCCAUUUGUCGUGGAGAGGAGUAAUGAGUGAAACAGAAGAUUGUCGAGAGCAAGAAUUUAGGGAUCGGUCUGGAAUGUGCAUCCUUUGCAAACAAUGUGGACCAGGCAUGGAGCUCUCUAAGGAAUGUGGCUUUGGCUACGGGGAGGAUGCGCAAUGUAUGGCGUGCAGGCCGAACCGAUUCAAGGAGGACCGAGGCUUUCAGAAGUGCAAGCCCUGCCUGGACUGUGCGAUGGUCAACCGGUUCCAAAAGGCCAACUGUUCGGUCACCAGCAACGCAGUGUGUGGGGACUGCCUCCCGGGAUUUUACAGGAAGACGAAGCUUGGUGGUUUUCAAGACAUGGAGUGUGUACCUUGUGGAGAUCCGCCUCCCCCAUAUGAACCUCACUGUACAGCCAAAGUGAACCUGGUGAAGAUCGCAUCUCCGGCCUCCAGCCCCAGGGACACGGCUCUGGCUGCAGUGAUCUGUAGCGCCUUGGCCACCGUGCUGCUGGCCCUGCUCAUCCUCUGCAUCAUCUACUGCAAAAGGCAAUUUCUGGAGAAGAAACCCAGCUGGUCUACAAGAUUCCAGGACGUACAGUACAAUGGAUCUGAACUGUCCUGCUUCAACAGACCCGCUCUGGGCGAGUUCACACAUGGGGCCUGCUGUCAGUGCCAGCGAGUUCCUGUGCAGACAUGCCGGCCAGUUCACCUGAUUCCAUCUCUGUGCUGUGAGGAGACCUGCAGCCUGGACCCCAGUCCGCACAGCUGCGCCUUCCACCCCAAGUCUUCUCUGCAUGAAAGGAACACCAGUUCCAUCGGGGAAAUGAUUCCGACGUUCUUUGGUUCCAUUUCUCGCUCCACCUGCGGGGAUCUUUCGGACGCCUGGCCCCUGGUACCGACGACCCCUCUGGACGGUGACACCCUCUCCCUCUGCGACUCCUAUCCCGGACUGAACGGAGAUGGGAAUUCACUCGGUCCCCAACGGGAAAGAUCAGCCCACCUGGACUUGAGCGAUGGCCAGGAUUGGGAAGGCGCGGCUGUUCCAGCUCAGACUCAUUCCGAAAACCUGGGGGAAGCGACUGAAUUCUCUAACCGCAGUGUAUCGACAGGACAGCUGCUGAGUCAAGACACGCUAUCUAACCAGAACCAGCCAGGAGGAGAGAGUGAGGCCGUCGUGAGAAUGGCCCUUCCAACCUCGAACCAAGACGCCUAGAGGACCGCCAUCUCCCCCAGUGGAAGUGUGUGCCACUCCAAUGCCACGCUAGGGUCGCUCUGUGGGCUUGGGAACGGAGCCCGACUUGGUUCUCCAUUCUGCGUGGUUUUAGAAAAGCUGAAAGAACCUGGCAGGAGUUCAGGCCUUCCAACCCGCCGCCGCCGAGCCAGACCGGCUGGAAGCCGAAACCCCAGGGAUAACCUGAGAAGGGGCUCGGGGCAGACUGUGACUCUCUGCCUCCUCCGCACAUGACACACCCCUACAGGGCUCACGGAUUGAGGGUGCAGCGAAGGAGACUGUGUAUAUUCAUUCAUUCGCCGUUCAUUUUCAUUUGAAUUGCCCUCGCCAGUUUAGCCCAGCCCACGGUUUGCAGCUCUCCGUGGCAGAAGAGACACGGCAGGGGCCUGCGCUGCGCCUGGAGGCAUCCUCUUAUGAGCUGUCCCCUCAGAAUCCCAAACUUUAACCCGGACACCUUUUUCCUGGACAGCAUUGUGAAGGGAAUCGCACCUGGGACAUGAUGGUUUUUACUGACCAGAUGACGGUUUUAGUAGAUUGCCACUUGGGUCCUCGAGGCUGAACGUAGGAGCUCGGGAAGGUGGACGUGCUCAGGAGCCUGGUUAUCGGGCAUCUGUAGAGAGCCUUUCCGCCUUCCAGAUGCCCACAUCUCGUUCACAAGGCCCACGAGCCGCUUUUCGGUAGCAUUUGGCUAGACUCCAGAGCCGGCCUACUGGGAUCAGCAAAGGGUUCGCGGGCAGAAAAUAACUGUCCAAGAGGGAGUUUGUCCAGUUCACUGCGGGUGACCCCACAGAGUGACUAACGGGAAGAGUUAAAGUCUUGAAGUCAACACCCAUCCCCUUUCCUUGUCCUGUACCUUGUCUCUUCUCCGUUCUUCUCUCUUCCCCUCCUCAGGCAGGGCAUGCUGGUGGUCCAGAAUCCCCACUGCUGCUCGGGGUGGGGCUGGGAAUGAGAUGGAGGGGGGGGGGGGAGAAAGGAGAGGGACCCUGAGUGUCAACCCUUUAGCUGCAGUGCUAGAAGCAAAACGGCCGGCGGGGCAGACACCUGGCACGGUCCCGCUUUCCCGAUCACGUGGGAUGUAAGCACCGCAGUGAGCCGAGAGCGAAUGUGUGCCGGGGAAGAACCGAGGUUGCCCAGGUUAGUGCCUGCUCGAUGUUGCCAAGAGGACAGUUGCCCCUUUCACCACCCGAGUCCUCAAAACCGGGUCGGGCCCGUGUUUUAUCCCCAAACCCUCCUGCUGGCCCGAGGAAAACCUGACACGCUUGCACUUUAAAAAUGGCAUUGAAUGUUCAGUCAAUCCAAGGGCAGCCACACAGUUUUGUUCUCUGGAACCCAACAUCUCAGCUCGGGGCAUCAUGCUCUGGGGCAGACAGUUCUAAUUGCCUCUCAGUUUUCAGGGGAGGAAAGAAAGAAAAGAGGAAGGGAAGGAGGGGGAAAUUCUGAUCUCAGUGAAUUCAUAGCCCGGGCUUAUCUUGCAAGUUACAGUCUCAGAGAAAACUUCUAACAAAUUCCCUCUGCCCCAGUGCUGAAGUUCAGCCCUUGCUGCCAGGAAGUAGUUCUGGUUUGAAAUAAUGGGCUCUUUCAGGCAGGCUCCUGGGCUGUCAAACAUCCCAGGCUUCCUUGGCCUCCUCCACAAACCCUGCCCUUCGGGGAGCCUUUGUUCCCCUGACGGCUCCCUUGCAGGCCCUUUCAGGGUCCAGUAUUCACGCUAGGUCAAUUUCUCCCGGCCAGUUUUUUUUGGGUGGGCCUUCAUGGAGGGGGGCCAAAAGCCCCCAGUCCCAUAUUGUUCAGUCCUCGGGCGAAGGGAUCGCUCGGGGCCCAGUGGCCCAGUGGAGCGGGGCACCAUGAGGCAACGGCCCAGAUAGGGGGAAAGCCACUUCCUUCCACGUCAGCACUAGACAAUCUUUGAUUCCUUUUGCCAAUACUAAACUACCUUAACACGACUUGGCAUGGCAGUUGUCUCUCCGUCAAUCCCAAGGAAGACUUCAGGCACAUUUCAAGGAAGCGUGGGGGCUGGUGGUGGUUUGAGAGCUGGAGAGUCCAGGCGGGCGGGGAGGGGGCAUUGGCCAGAACGUCCAGCUUCCCCUCUGGCUGGAUGCAGCACCUUCAUUCUCCGAAGCGCUUUCUCAUCCAGGAUCCCUCCCGGCCUUUGGCAAAGAGGGCAGGGGACCGGGGUCGUCACCUCCAUUUUACAGAUGAGAAAACCAAGGCCCAGGGACCGGGGGACUUGUCAAGGUCCACUAAAGGGCCCCAACAGCACCUUGCCGUUUCCUUGAAAUCACGCCACUGGACUACGUGCUGGGGUGGAUACAAGCAAAUUGGGUUGGUCACUGUCCCUGUGCCACGUGGGGCUCUCGGCCUCA